UGCAGCUAAUCGGCCUUCUCUGCUCGCCUCGCCUAAAUGGAGCCAAGUAGGAUUUUUUGAACAGUAACAAUGGGAAGUGGAUGUUAAAGCAGUUAAUGCAGCGCACGUCUGCACGAUCAGUUAACUGUUGAAGUCUAAUAAUGUACAUAUCAGAUGUCGAAGCUGCGUGGUUUUAAAGCGGUGUUGGAAGUUUCAUGGCUAGUGAUUAAUGAGUUUGCCAUGCAUUUGUGCAAAGGGACUCGAAUCAUGGUUUACCGACCCUUUCAUUUGGAACCAUAAAACCGCCGAGCCCUUCAGGUGGGCAAAGGAGAGGGAUUAAAAUAUCGGAGUCCUCGGUAAGACGUCAGAGGUACGGCUGUUUGAUCCAAAGCUCCAACGAGUGUUUCUUUAAGUGCGUGUGUGGAGUUUUCCUGCACUGGGUGAUAGGAGGGGUUGGAGAGUGACGCUGGCUGCGCCUUGGAGCUGAGCGGAGCGCUCACCUGCAGAUGAGAGAGCCGGGAAAACUCGGGGCAGAGCUGCAGCACACUCACGGAGCGCAAGGAGGGACGUAACGAAGAGUCCGACGAAGAAGGGAGGAAUUACACAAAUACUGGAGAAGAUUUGCGAAUCGAACCCGUUUCUGGUUUCUCGUCCAGGCAGCCCUGGCUCGCUCUCUCGCCACCAUGAGAACUGACUUCGCUCUGGUCCUGACAGCAGCCCUUCUUCUUGACACAUUCUGGAGGAAUAAUGGGGAGCAUGCUCCCAAAGGUCCCUGCCAAGCUGGCUUCUCACAAAGCUUCUACUCGGUACUGAUUUCAAGGGAUGUACUGCAAGGCCAGGGCAUACUUAAAGAUACCACUGUGUCAUCACAAAAAGUUAAGUUUGAUGACUGCAUGGGGAACGAGGCGGUGGUUUUCCAGAGCAGUGACCCUGUCUUCAGCGUACGGACAGAUGGGUCCAUCUUUGCCAAGGAAGAGGGAGCCAGCUUGGAUGAACCGGUCCAGUUUAAACUGACAGCAAAUGGUCCACACACAAAUGUCUGGGAGACUGUGGUCCAACUGGCACUAAUUGACCCACCUCAACGUCAACAAAAUGAAAAUGAGGUCACAAAAGAAGAGGGGAAAGUCACGGAGAGAAAAGAGAGGAAGGAGGCGUCCCAAGCACCACCUCCUGUUAUCAUGUUCUCAAGGUCCGGCCUGAACAGCUCCAGGGGUCUACGGAGACAGAAGAGGGACUGGGUAAUCCCACCAAUCAACGUGGCAGAAAAUUCUCGAGGACCGUUCCCUCAGAUGCUCGUCAGCAUUCGUUCAGACCAGGACCAGGACAUCUCGAUUCGAUACAGCAUCACUGGGGUGGGAGCAGAUCAACCCCCCAAUGAGGUAUUCAACAUUGACCCUGUGCUUGGGAAGAUGUUCGUCACCAAACCUCUGGAUCGGGAGCAUCGCUCUUCUUACCACUUGCGAGCCCAUGCUGUGGACAUGAACGGGAACCAGGUUGAGAACCCAAUCGAUCUGUACAUCUUUGUUAUCGACAUGAAUGACAACAGACCCGAGUUCAAAAAUCAGGUCUACAAUGGCUCUGUGGAUGAAGGCUCUAAACCAGGAACAUAUGUGAUGCACGUGUCAGCGUUCGAUGCUGACGACAACACUACAGCUAACGGAAUGGUGCGCUAUCGAAUCCUGUCCCAGACGCCGCACAGCCCCAUCCCUAACAUGUUCACCAUCAACAGCGAGACCGGAGACAUUGUGACUGUGGCACCUGGUCUGGAUCGAGAGAAAGUGUCCCAGUACACCAUCAUCGUGCAGGCCACGGACAUGGAGGGCAACCUGAACUUUGGCCUUUCCAACACGGCCACUGCCAUCAUCACUGUCACGGACAUCAACGACAACCCUCCCAUGCUGACCUCUAGGACUUUCUCCGGCGAGGUCCCAGAGAACCGGGUGGAUGUUGUGGUGGCUAAUCUGACAGUCAUAGAUGCUGACCAACCACACUCACCUAACUGGAACGCCAUCUACAGGAUCAUCAGCGGAGACCCGUCUGGGCACUUCACCAUCCGCACUGACCCUGUCAGCAACGAUGGCAUGGUCACUGUGGUGAAGCCAGUAGACUUUGAGAUGAAUCGUGCCUUCAUGCUGACGGUGGUGGUGUCCAACCAGGCACACCUAGCCAGUGGUAUCCAGUCCUCUCUCCAGUCCACAGCUGGGGUCACCAUAUCUGUCCAGGAUGUCAACGAACCCCCAUAUUUCCCCAUGAACCCAAAACACAUCCGUUUUGAGGAGGGUGUCCCUGCUGGCACCAGCCUGACGACCUUCUCAGCCUCAGAUCCUGACCGACUACAGAUGCAGCAGAUAAUCAGGUAUUCAAAGCUGAAUGACCCUGCAGACUGGUUGUCCAUCAACAGAACCAAUGGACAGAUAGUAACCACAGCAAUUCUCGACCGGGAGUCUGUCUACGUCAAAAACAAUAUAUAUGAAGCCACAUUCCUGGCAACAGACAACGGCUCUCCCGCAGCCAGCGGCACAGGCACACUGCAGAUCUAUCUGAUAGAUAUUAAUGACAACUCCCCAGUUCUCAUACCAAAGGAGUCUCAGAUCUGUGAGCGGAUGAACAGAAACGUCAACGGCGUCAACAUCACUGCCGCUGAUGAUGACACAGACCCCAACGCGGGACCCUUUGUCUUCGAGCUGCCCACCUUCCCCACAAGCAUCCGACGUAACUGGACGAUUUCUCGCAUCAGCGGGGAUUACGCCCGUCUAGGACUGCGGUACCAGGUGUAUUUGGAGCCAGGGGUGUAUGAGGUCCCUGUAAUUGUGUCAGACUCGGGGAACCCCCCUUUGUCCAACAGGUCGAUCAUCAAAGUGAAGGUGUGUCCCUGCGAUGAAAACGGAGAUUGCACCACACUCGGGGCUGUGGCAGCCGCUGGCCUGGGGACUGGAGCCAUCAUCUCUAUCCUCAUCUGCAUCAUCAUUUUGCUCAGCAUGGUGCUGUUGUUUGUGGUGUGGAUCAAGCGCAGAGAAAAGGAGAGGCAGACUAAGCAGCUGCUUAUUGACCCUGAAGAUGAUGUCAGAGACAACAUCCUCAAAUACGAUGAAGAGGGAGGAGGAGAAGAGGACCAGGACUACGACCUGAGCCAGCUGCAGCAGCCUGACUCCUUGGAGCACAUCAUAAGCAAGCCACCUGGUGUCCGCAGGGUGGACGAACGUCCCAUCAUCCCUGAGUCCCAGUACCCAAUCAGACCUGUCGUGCCCCACCCUGGAGACAUCGGGGACUUCAUCCAUGAGGGUCUGCGAGCAGCAGACAAUGACCCCACAGCUCCUCCAUAUGACUCGCUGUUGGUGUUUGACUACGAGGGCAGUGGCUCUACCGCCGGCUCUGUCAGCUCCCUCAACUCCUCCAGCACAGGGGACCAGGACUAUGACUACCUCAACGACUGGGGCCCCCGCUUCAAAAAGCUGGCCGACAUGUACGGAGGAGGGGAUGAUGAUUAAACCUGUUCAGUCAUACAUGCACACACACACCCUCGUCCCGUCAGCUGGCCUGCCAUGCUCUGUCCCUCUUAACACGUGGGGCUGUUACACCCUUAUUGGACAACAUGUUAACAAUGACACGUUCACACUGACCAACUGAGUGACCGACCAACCAACCAAUCAAAUUACCCACCACAGAGGACCGGUGCCGUGAGUCAGUUUCGGGUGCUCUUCUCAACCGUCUCCUGCUCUAAGCCUGUCAAAGACUGAAGAAGAAGUUCUGAAUUUCAGGCUUCUCAUUGUUUGUAUUUUCAAACUCUUGUGCUUUAGUUUCAUUUUAGGUUCUCUGCGAAAUGUAGGUUUUAGUUUUUAGGAGUCAGAUUUUGUUUUUCUUUUAGUUUGUGUAGCUUUUUCCUUUUGUCCCCACUCUCCUCUGAUUUGAGCCAUUCCCUAUUCCUGAGGGUUUUCAUUUUUCCCUCGCUGUCAGCCCCCCGCCUGCCUCUCUGCAGAAGCUUUAGGUUGAGCAGCUUGCUUUGUCUGAGGGGAACAAAAGGGAGAAAAAAAAAAAAAGAACACGAACACAGAUAUUAAAGUCCUUUUUCACGGAGGGCCCUGGUUUAUUCUUUCUUGAACUUGAAUUACUUAGAACAGAAGCACUGUUGUUUAAAAAGUGCCUUCAGUGGUGCGUAUUUUAGCAGACUCCCGCUAACUCAGGAUUGGUUGCCAUUUUCUGGGCUUACAUGCCCCCACAUGACCCCUGACCCUUUAACUCCCACCUUCCUUUGUCAUUUCGAUGGUCCUGUAGAGCUGUGGUAGCUGCAGGAUAUGUCAGUGCUGGUUUUAGAGAAGCAUUGACUAGCUUACGAGGGCGCUUUAUGUAGACGUACUGUACAUAGGCCUACAGUGUGUCUGUAAGUUAUGGACAAAUCAUUAUCUUUUCGAGUCAGGCAUAUCUGUGCUCCUAGAUCACAGCCAACUUAAAUGUGAUUGCUGAAAUCACAAAAUUACAUUAAGGGAUUGUCGUAGAGAAGAAAAGCAUUGUGUGUCUUUGUUUAUCGUGGCUUCGAUAGCAGCUGUGUUUGUUUUGAGCUCUGAGUGUUUGCACCUAAAACUUGAUAAGGCUUGUUACCUCUGUAAUGUUACUGUAAAUGAAGUCCAAAUGAGGGUUAUUUAAGGAGACUUUGCCUUUAAAGAUCAUUUAAGGUUUGCAUGUUUUUCUCUUUCACCCAAUGGUAAUUAACAUGGCACCAGUAAGUGUGUGGUAAAUGUGUCAAAGAAAACUAUAUAAACUGUACAAACAUGAGGGAAAAGAAAACACAGGAUUACUUCAACUCGCUUUGAUAGCGUUACAUGCACAGUUGUGAGCCCCAUUCUGAGUCCCUCUCUCUCUCUUAUUUUUUUUUUUUCUUUUGUUGAUUCUUUGUUGUUUCUCAGAAAACUUUUAAUGUACAAACUUUGGUGCUGGUCCCUGUCACAGAAACUGGGGGAACUGAGCCUCAGCCAGGGAUUUAGCGCCUUCGCAAUCUGUCUCUCUUCAGGCGGCAUUUCAUUCAUCUGAAAUUUUCUCCUGAAAUUCUUGGCUGCAAGUUCAAGAGGUUUUGAAAAGAACUUAGAGGAAGGGAAAGUCUGUUAUGAAGUUCUGCAUUUUAUCAAAGCAGACUGGCAAAACUAAAGCGUCAGUAAUAGCGCUUUAAAAGACAGACAUUUUGAAAGACAGUUUGGUUGUAACUUAAUGGAAAAAACAGCACUACCCAUGGGCUUUUGUAAUCAUAUUUCAGGCCCCCAGAACUGCAUGUAGAGAACUGAAAAAAAAAGAGCUUUAGUCUUUGUAUUAAAUUAUUUAAAUAUGCAAAACAUUUCACAGAGGGACCUGGGAGAUGCUGGUGAAUGAUAGAAAGGCUUAGUUAUUUCUUAUCUUCUGAGUGCCCAUUUAAAUACUUCUCGGUUGUAGCCGGUUUCAACUUGAUGUGGACUGACCAGAUUUUCUAUUAAUUAUGAAUAUGAUCACGAAUGCUCGGAGGAAAUCUCUGUAACGUCAAUGUUUUUUCAAACGUGACAAGAAGGAUCCUCCUUUUUCUUUGGCUUCUUUUCACCUCUUCCUCACCUGCUCAUGGUUCAUAUGAAUAUCUGUAGAUAAGAAAGAAUCUUUAGUUUUCACAAAGAGUGAUACAAAUUGUAGCUAUACUUUCAGAGUGAAUGCAAAGGAAUGGACUAUGAAAAAUG